UCGGUACUCUACUCUACACAGCAAAUGGUGAAGCCUAAAUCAGUGGACUCACGACUCAGCCUACUUCUAUUUAUUACAGUGGAAACCAUUGUUAAGGGUUGGCUAGAUAUGGUUUGCUGAAAUUGGUGUGGCUGGGCUUGAUCCCAGCCUCCUGAGAAUCGCCACUGUUGGUGAGGCUGGUCAAAGAUCUGAAUAUAUCCAGUGUUUCUAUUUUCUCCCUACAGAAUGCACGUACUACAGAGUGCACGACUGAAGGACUUAUUUAGGACUUUGACUCUCAAUCUACCUGCUACCGUCCAGAGUGCAUAAGACUCAUUUCAAGUCCUGCAUCGCCUUCAGACCAAUAUUUUGUUUAUCUGAACUAGUCUUAUCCAUUGACCUGACCAUGCGUUUCUCUACUGCUGCCGCAGUCUUCGUGUUGUCCAGCCUGGGCGCCUCUUAUGCUGCUCCCCUCGUCCACAGCAGCUCUCUUGUGCGACGAGCGGCGCCCUCAUACGCAGUUGUGAACGUCGGUGGUGCCGAGACCAAGCCCACACCAGUUGUCGAGACCACCACCGUCAAGGCUACCGUCACGCAGUCGCCCAUAACGAUCACCGUGGACGUUACGGAGACGGCAACUGCAACUGCAACCCCCACCAUCACAUCUUCUCCAGUGUCUUCACGUGUGCCCUUUUGGGGUUCAAGUGCUGCAGCUCAUCCUUCAGCCAGCGGGUUCCCAGGAGACGAGCAGCCUCAUGCUUUCCGCCGCGAUACGAGGAAUACCUCAGCUCCUUUGUCUGCCCACAGCCUCGUUCAUCCAGAUCAAAAGGCCGCUGCUCAGUCAUCAAGGUAUCCUUUGAAGGCGAGGCCGACUGCCUAGACAAUAGGAGACCCGAGUCGGCAUACCGGCUGUUUCUGCUCUGCGAUUUAACGUCACGAUACAUGACAAUCAUGACCCUCUUUCCUCCCUUAUUUUUGCUACUGUUCAGAUGCCAUUGUACAUUGACUGGGGGUCUACUUUUGACUUGGAUAUUUGGUUUUCGUGUACACAUCUUUGCCCUCUUGUUCAUGAUGAUUUCUACUAUGGGUGUUUCGGAAUAGACUGGACGACACGACAUACUAAUGAAUUAUUAGACUGAUGAAUUGAAUGGAUUGAAUGGAUUGAAUGAUUUGAGUUGGAUAUUCUAGUUCUGGUAUAUUUCGGUAGUUUCGCUUCCCUGCAUAAAAAGCAAUAUUACCUCCCCCUGC